UGAGCUCACACGGGAGCUGAGCAGAGAGGCAGAGCGCCUGGGGCUGAGUUCUGCCCUGGGGCUGUCUUGGAACAUGGCCCUGCAGGUGUCUGCUCUGGCCCUUCUCCUGGCCCUUCCUCCACUGCUGUCUGCCCAGGGAGCAGGACUGCCCAGUUCCAGCCGCCCCAAGACUCCAGACACGUGCAGGAGGGAGGGAGCCUGGACCACGAAGGUGACGUUUCCCGCCGAGCCGACGGCGUUUCCGGUCAAUGGCACGGUGGAGGUGACAUGCACCGAGAAGCCUGAAUCCGGGCCGUUCCCUGCAAAAUGCACAGAGCUGAAGGACCGCGGGGCAGUCUGGGAUAUCAGCGGAGUCCAGUGUCUCAGGAUGUGCAAUGAUUGGGUGAGGCAGGUGGAUUUUGACCCUGCACAGACGGAGUUCGGCGUCGGGGCCGAGGGUCGGGUGACCUGUCGUCAGCAGUUCCAGCAGAACUCGUUCAACGUGACGUGCAGAGAGACGGCGUCGGGGCUCUUCGAGUGGGAACUGGGUGCACACAAGUGUCUCAGAAAAUGUAAAAUACUCAAAACCUGGGACUCCAGAUUGCAGUUUUCCCCCAAGGGGCAGUUCUACUCCCUGGGUGAAUCGGUGACACUGAGCUGCUCUGAGGGGUAUUGGCCGUCACCAGCUGUGAUCCAAUGUGUCAGAAAUGGGAGCCUGCCUGUCUGGAGUGAGACACCCACCUGCCAGGCAAAAUGUGAAAUACCAAAACGCUGGGACUCCAGAUUGCAGUUUUCCCCCAAGGGGCAGUUCUACUGCCCGGGUGAAUCGGUGACACUGAGCUGCUCUGAGGGGUAUCGGCCAUCACCACUUGUGAUCGAAUGUGUCAGAAACGGGAGCCUGUCUGUCUGGAGUGAGACACCCACCUGCCAGGGGGUUUGUACGACGGCAGGAAACUGGCCCCCGUCGGUCUCUGCUGCCUCCGCACAGACAGAGUUUGUCGUUGGCGAGAAGGUUUUGGUGACCUGUCGCCAGGAGCAGUACGAGGGGCGCCCGGCUUGGAUGCAGUGUACGGAGACGGCUGGGCGCGUGGAGUGGGACACGAGCAAUGUGAGCUGUGUGGAAAAGUGCCCCAAACCCAGCUGGGCCUCAGCUCUGCGGUUCGAACCAGACAAGAUGUAUUAUAGCAGGGAGGAACCAGUGACCCUGAGCUGCCCUGAGGGGUUUGAGCCCUCGCAUCCCAUGAUCACAUGUACCGGACAGAGGAACCGGAGCGUCUGGAAUGAGAUUGCUGCCUGCCUGGAAAAGUGUAAAGCUCCAGAAACCAAGGACACCAGAGUCCAGUUCGCACUUGAGCAGCAGUUUUACAGCCAAGGGGACUCGGUGAAAUGGAGCUGCCCUGCGGGGUACCGGCCCUCACCGCCUGUGAUCAGAUGCACUAGAUGGAGAAACCAGAGUGUCUGGAGUGGGACUGCUGCCUGCACCGGGGUUUGUACGACGGCAGAAAACUGGCCCCCGUCGGUCUCUGCUGCGUCCGCACGGACAGAGUUUGUCGUUGGCGAGAGGGUUUUGGUGACCUGUCGCCCGGAGCAGUACGAGGGGCGCCCGGCUUGGAUGCAGUGUACGGAGACGGCUGGGCGCGUGGAGUGGGACACGAGCCAUGUGGGCUGUGUGGAGAAAUGCCCCAGGCCCCAGUGGGACCCCAGACUCCGGUUUGUGCCAGACCGGCCGUUUUAUGGCCAGAAUGAACAGACGACACUGAGCUGCCCUGGGGGGUCCCAGCCUUCGCCCUCUGUGAUCAGAUGUGUGAGACAGGGUCAGACCUGGAGUUACUGGGCUAGGUGGGACCGGGGCACAUCGCUCCCUACCACAGGGAACGUUACCUGUCCAGUGACCCCCCGGAUCAUCCCAGGGGCCCUGGAGAUUUCACCCGCCACCAUCAAACUGCACUGGACUUGUGAACCCCCCGAAUCCUGCCAGGGCAGCUGGAAGAUACGGGCCCAAUGCUGGCUGGUUGGACCCCUGUCAGGCCCCUGCCGGAGACCACAGCACACCACCAGCGAGCAGCCAUUACAGGGACUGGAAGGAACAGUAACGUGCAGCUCCCUGCACCCCUUCACCUCCUACAGAGUCACCAUCUCUGGGGGCUACCCAGCGACCGUCCUUUAUAGCCAGCAGGUCCACACGAGUGAAACAGGGAGUAUCAGAUCAUUGUGUCUGCGAUGCAGAAUGGCAGCGAAGCGGACGCCUGCUGCUUACCAGGUCUGCAGCCCUUCAACUCCAGCCUGGAGCGUGACAUGUACCUGGCUGCCGUGCUCCCCGCGCACAACCUCACAGGCCCGACUGACUUUGUGCUGGGCGACGGGGCCCGUCACCAUGGGUACUACAAUGCUCCCCUCCGCCCCCACAGGAACUACACGGCUGUCGUCCGCGUCGUCAGCCGCUGGCACCAGAUGGAGAAAUCCAGCUGUGUGUACUAUGACUUCUCCGUCGGAGAGGCCCAGGCUCCCCAGCGCGGGGGCCUGGCGGUGGCCGUGGCGGUGCCCGUGGUCCUGGUGCUGCUGGCCGCAGGGGCCCUGCUGCUGUGGUUCCUGCUCUCCAGGAAGAAGCGGGACGAGCCAAAGGACAAGAGCAACGGGGCAAUCCCCCUGAAGAGGAACCGAGGAGCAGGUGCAAGCAGGCUGCGCACACAGAUCCCGGUGGCUGAACUGCUAGAGUCUCUGAAGCGGUUUAAGAGAGCAGAAAUGGAGGAGGAGGGGGCAGAGGACGACGCAAAUCCUGAACGGCCCCCAGUGGGGCGCGAUGCGGAGUACCAGAAACUGGUCUCAGGUUUGCUGCACCCAGGCCAUGCCGGCAAGGAGCCCUGGAACCAGGCCAAGAACCGCUACAAGAGUGUCAUCCCAUAUGAUCACUGCCGCGUGGUGCUGCAGUCCGCCAACGUGGGCGCUGACUACAUCAAUGCCAGCUACGUCGAUAGCUACCGGAGCCCCCGCUUCUUCAUUGCUGCUCAAGGCCCGCUGCCUGGCACCGUGGGGGAUUUCUGGCAGAUGAUCUGGCAGGAGAAGGUCUCGGUCAUUGUGAUGUUAACGGGCCUGGUGGAGCAAAACAAGACCAAGUGUGAGCAGUACUGGCCGGAGGGCGAGCAGGUCUGCGGGGACUUCACUGUGACUCUCAGCAACACCUGGACAACCACGAGCCUGGUCACACGCACCUUCCGCCUGCAGAGGGCAGGUUCUCCGCUCCCGAGAAACGCGCAGCACUUUCACUACCAGCUGUGGCCAGACCACGGGGUCCCCAGCAACCCGGCCCGGCUUCUGCAGCUGGUGGAGAUGGUGAACGAGAGGGUGUCGGAGGCGCCUGCCGGCCCCGUGCUUGUGCACUGCAGCGCAGGGAUCGGCCGCACAGGCACCUUCAUCGCCCUGGACGUCCUCCUGAAGAUGGCGCGGGCCGAGGGCAGCGUGGAUGUUUUCCGCUGCGUGCAGCGGCUGCGGGAGCAGCGGGUCAGCAUGGUGCAAACAAAGGAGCAGUACACUUUCCUCUACGAGGUGCUGCUGGAGGGGCUGCUGUGCGGGAACACCGGGGUCCUGGUGGAGAGCGUCCCUAGCCACGUCAGCCUCCUGCGCCAGCCCGACGCCCAGACGCAGAGCAACGGGUUCUCGCGGGAGUUCAAGGCCUUGCAGAAGUUUUCCGAACUGUUCCAGCUCUCCCCAUGCAAGGAGGCCCAGCAGCCCAGAAACCAGCCCAAGAACCGCAAGCCGGCGAUCCUGCCAGCGGAUUGCAGCCGCCCCAUCCUGAUGUCCUCCCUGAAAGCGGACGGCUCGCCCGGGUACAUCAACGCAGUCUUUGUUGGC